UCUUAUAGCUCGAGAAACAGAAGAAUUUAAGAAAAGGAAUGAUUUUUCUUAAGAUCAUUAUUAUUAUUUCCAAAUAUAUUUUUCAAUUUGUUCGUGGAACACACUGAUUCAUUUCCUCCCAAUUUUUUUUUUUUGAGUGAUGUAAAAUUUUAUUCAUCAAAAAAACUAUUUGUUACAUCAAGUGCAUCAAAUUUAAAUUUCAACUUAUUGCAGUUAUAGUUUUCAUCUUUCGUUGUUGUUGAGUGUAACAAAACAGUGCAACUGUUGUUUUCCUUAUCUUUCGUUUGAAAAAAUGGCGUCUUUGGAAAUGGUUUCGACAAAGAUGUUCGAAUGUGUCCCGAGUGAUCGAAGCAAGAAAGAAAAGGAUCUCAAAGUUUUAGUCAGAGAUCAAUCCGAUAGUUUUCAUGUCGUUCCGGGGGAUGAUUCUGGAAAUAAACAAGAUGGAAAUGAGGUUCUUGAAUGUUCUUCAAGAACCUCUGUUUCUGAUACAGAGGAAGCUCAACAGAAUAUUUCUUCUCCAGAGACCAAUUCAAAUCCAUUUUAUAAUCUAGUUGAAACAGGGAAUUCGUCAAGAAAUGAGAUCAUCGUGGGAGCUUCUUCUCUGGUUCAGAUUUGGGAAGCUAGGUCGCGACCGUCUAGCCCGACUCGAAAUCAUUUCUUUAUUGAUAGCCUAUUUUUUGAGUCUCUCAAUGAGGAGGCAAGAAACAACAGUGAAGAAGUAGAUUGGUGUUUACAGUCAAACAUAUCAGAUUCUUGUGAGAAGGAGAGAGAAUCAAGAUGUUCACCUCCAUUGGUAAGGAUAAGAGGACGGCAAGCAUUUGAAGAUUUCUUGAUGGUGAUUCUACGUGAAAGGAAAAAGUAUCUCAAAUGGAUCGCUGGUCUCACCGCGGUUUCGAAGUUCUCACCUCGUGGAUGCGAGCGUCUUCAGGUACUUUUAUUUGAUCUGUAAACUGGUAAUAUAAUAGUGUUGAGAAACUCUGUGAAUUACACUUGAUGAAUGCUAAAAACAGAUUGAGACAAAUACCGUUCUAGGUUUUUCUUAAUAAGUGUGUGAAUGAAUUUACACCUUUAAGAUCCGUAUUUAUACUACGUACAUCAUAACAAAUAUGGUAUUGUACUGGAAAAAUGGUUUUUUUCCGACCCAAACAAUUUCAGUCGUGCCAAAUACGACAUGAACAAAUGAUUAGUGCUAAAUACGACUUCAACUCAAUUAUAAUUCAAAAAUACUACUUAAACUUUUUAAAAUGUGCCCAAAUCUACAUUGACCGUAACAGAAGUUUGUUUAAUAUUUUUAAAAAAAAAUAUAUGCUCAUUCUGAGAUUCGAACUCAUGCAUUGAUACACUUUUAAAGAGACAUUAUAACCACUGAACUAAAGUAAUUAUUUAUAGUAGUAUAUAUAGUUUCAAAUUUGUAAUUAUUUAUCAAACAUUUUCUUCCGUUACUGGUUAGAGUGUCUCUUUUAAAGUGUAUCAAUGCAUGGGUUUGAAUCCUAGAAUAGAUAUAUUUAUUAAAAAAAAGAUUAAACCAAAAGGACAUUGUUUUUGUUUUUUAACGGUUGAUUAACUUCUGUUACGGUCAAUGUAGUUUUUGGCACGUUUUAAAAAGUUUAUAUAGUAUUUUUGAAUUAUAAUUGAAUUAUGGUCGUAUUUAGUACUGAUCAUUAAUUUGAUCGGGUCGUAUUUGGCACGACUGAAAUUGGUGGAGUUUAAGUAACUACUAGAAUCAAUAAAUAGAUUGCAGUUUUGAUGAGGUUUGGUUACUUUGAUUUUCCUUCUUUUGUUGUUGUUGUUGUGGUUUAGUAUAUGCUUAGGAUCAGAUCUUUUGAAAGGUGCAUCGCUAUCCAAGAAAGACAUCUGUUUAAAUCAGCAAAACGGUCUUCAAGAGGGUCUGGUGUGAUGAAUAAUCUCAGGUGCUAACAAGCUUAUUAUUAAUGUUUUUCAGCUUGUUUUUUCGCAGUUCUUAAAGAGCUUUAAGCGCAAUCUAUAUUGAUUCAUCAAUUACAAUCACUAUGCAAUGAUAGGUACAAGAAAAAUACCGGGCAGCCGAAAAUUGCCAAUGAAGCUGU